CCUUCUACUCCUUUUCUAAAACUUCCGAAUCGACGACCACCAACAGACCCGACCCAGAUCCAUCCAUCCCUAAACCUAGUCGUCGACCUCCUUUCGUUAUUUCUCCCAAUCUUCAACAAGCCUCGUCAUUUGAUCUCUCUCGCAGAGAUUCAUUCCCCUCGUUAUUAACAAAACCUCGUGAGCUGGAUCUACGAAAUCACCCACGGUCGCUAAUCAUUCCAAGUCUGUCAAUGAUUCAUUAAUUGAUCUUUGUCGGCCUUUUUGGAAGAAUUGAAGAAAGAAUAGUGGCGAACCAAAAUCCUAAAACAUCUAUUACGAUAUCUACCAACGCGAUCAAUCGAUUGAAUUAUCCCGUCGAAGGAAGGACAGAUACAAAGGGGUUGCGAUUAAGAAAACAUUGAAAGGGAAGGAAAUACGAUUCAUAACUCGGUACAAGGUUUCUCUUCGCACAAUAAAAGGCUUUGGGGUGUCACGGAUUCAAUUCUUCUACAUUAAAGCCUUCAUAGGCUCCUUUUAAUAUACGCUUUUUUGCAACAUGCGACCGACGUUCUCAUCAACACCAUGGGUCCUUUUGACUUCAUUUCUUACUCUUUUCUCUGCUGCUUCAGCAUCAACUCGAUUAAUUGAAUCCAAGUCCCUGAACGCCUGUCAGGAUAAUUCGAGUUUUACGGCAACUUUAUUCGAUGUCGUCUUCACCCCGGGGAAUUUAACCUUCACGUUCGAUGUAGUGGGUGUUUCUUCUAUUCAAGGGAAUGUCACUUUCGAUGUCGAAGUCACGGCUUAUGGAUAUCCCAUUUUAACUAAAGUCAUCGAUCCAUGUACUUCUGGAUUCGCGGGACUCUGCCCGAUGAGUACUGGACAAAUCGAUAUUCAAUCUAACAUUGUUGUUCCUCAAGCUACAGUCGAUAGCAUUCCAUCAAUCGCAUACGGAGUACCCGAUUUGGAUGCUAAUGUUAAAGUUAUUAUCAAUGGUACCGCGAAUCCAGAUGUUAGUUUGGCAUGUGUCGAAGCUCAAUUAUCAAACGGACAGACCGUCGAUCAAAAGGGCGUGGGAUGGGCAACUGCUGUUAUUGCUGGAUUGGCUUUGGUAGCAUCUGCUGUAACUUCUGGAUUGGGUCAUUCAAACACUGCUGCUCAUGUAGCAGCCAAUGCCUUGUCACUCUUUGGAUACUUUCAAGCUCAAGCUAUGAUCGGACUCACUUCUAUUCCUCUUCCACCUAUCGUUCAAUCAUGGACUCAAAAUUUCGAUUGGAGUAUGGGUAUAAUUGAGGUCGAUUUCAUGCAAAGCAUCGCAACUUGGUAUCAAAAGUCGACUGGUGGAACUCCAGCCACACUCUUGAAUACUUUGACCACUACAUCUGUUCAAGUCGAGAAACGUUCCAUGGGAAAGAGAUCAGUCGAACAUACCAUUAAACUUCUUACUCGAGCACAUGAAGUCCUGACAAAACGAGCCGACACUACCACAACAACUGGAUCAUAUCUCGUCAGAGGAAUCAAACGAGUAGCAUUCCGCGCCGGUAUCGAAUCUACCAAUUUAUUCUUGACCGGUCUGGCUUUCUUCUGUAUCUUCAUUGUUUUUACCAUCUUCUUUGUUGCACUGUUCAAAGGAUUCUGUGAACUUGCAGUUAAGAUGAAGUGGAUGAAGUCGGAUAAAUUCGUCGAUUUCCGCAAUGGAUGGUUCACUGUCUUGAAAGGUAUCAUGUUCCGUAUGGUACUUAUUGGUUACCCCCAGAUGACCAUUCUUUGUCUUUGGGAAUUCACACAAAAUGAUUCUCCAGCAGAAGUUGUUUUGGCCAUUUUCUUCUUCUUUGGUAUGACAGGGACUCUCGCUUGGGCAGCUAUGAAAGUUGUUCGAAUCGCAAAACGAUCGGUUUUGAUGCACAAAAAUCCAGCAUACAUUCUCUAUUCAGAUCCUUCGGCUCUCAACAAGUGGGGUUUCCUCUACGUCCAAUUCAGAGCAACGGCUUAUUAUUUCAUUCUUCCGACUCUGGUUCAUAUUGUUAUCAAGGGAAUGUUUAUCGCAUUUGGACAAAAUGCAUCUACAGUUCAAGCUAUUGCUCUUCUUCUGAUUGAAGCAGCUGCUUUGAUUGGUGCCAGUGUUAUUCGACCAUGGAUGGACAAAAGUACCAAUAGUUUCAAUAUCGCCAUUUGUGCCAUCAACUUCCUAAACACCAUUUUCCUUUUGGUAUUCACGGGUAUUUUCAAUCAACCAGGUAUCGUCACUGGUGUUAUGGGCGUUGUUUUCUUCAUUAUCAACGCAGUUUUCUCAUUGGUUCUUCUCAUUCUUGUUUUACUUGCUACCGUCUAUGCUUUUGUUCGCAAGAACCCAGAUAGCCGUUACUUACCAAUGACUGAUGAUCGUGCAUCAUUCAUUAAGUCAAAUACGGGCUUGACCACUGAGCUGGAUGCUUUGGGAGCUACCGCUAGAGGAGAUAAGGCAGGAUAUAAACACAACCUCGAUUUAGAUGAUGAUAAUGAUUCAUGGUCAUCUGAUUCCAUGAGACAUCCAGCAAACAUGCCUCUUCCACCUUCUACAGCAGGUACAGGAACAUAUGGAGAGUCAAAUCCAUCAGUUAGAGAUGCACCUCAUUCGCCUGUUGAUCCAUCGGUUCCUCUUUUCCCAGCAAGUGGUUCUCGUGGUCCACCACCCAAUUACCAAGAUGGAGGACGCAAUAGUAAUGCUCCUUUAAUCUACGGAAAUGAUAGAUCGAACAACGCAUCACCAGCUCCAUACCGAGAUAAUCUUUCGACAUCAAACUUGUCGCAAUCAGGAUAUAGAUCGCAAAAUAGUGGUAGCCCUGCACCUGGGGUUUUCACACCUCAGAAUCAGAACCAAAACAAUGCUAGGUAAGAAUUUACAGAUGAUGAUGACGGGCAUAAGCUAACAAUAUUAUUAGUCCUUGGCAACGUGGAGCAGGUUAUGACCAUUAAUGAAGGGGCUUUCAUAAAAAGGCGUUGAGAAUAUAUUGGUUGAUCGAAGUUGAAAACCUGUUUCGACACAUAAAACAUGUUUCAACUAAGAGGGAAUUACUGGGUUGGAAGGUGUUAUUUGUAACUUUCUUUUCUUUUUUUCUGCAACUCCAGUUUCUUUUUUGCAUUAGGGUCGGUAGUCAAUAGUGACAUGCAAACUCUUACCUGUUGAGUAAUAUACUCGAGGAGAGCUUUUUUUUCUUUGCCUCGUCUUUUGAGUUGAAUUUUGGGUUUUUCUUGUGUUGGGAAUCGGUGGAAGGUUAUUGGUUUCUUUUGUGUCGUUGGGGAUGGGAUGGUAGGGAGG